AGCGCAGAGGGCGAGCGCGGCCGCGGAGGGCGGGAGCCGGCAGCCAGCCACCUAGAGCCGCAGCAGGCACAGAGCAGUGACACCCACCCCAGCCAGCCACCCCGCCACACUCCCCAGCACACACCCAGCCAGCCCGCCAGCCGGAGAGGCAGCUAGCGGCCCGCUCUCUGCGCCCAAGGGGGGAAAAAAAGCCCCAGCCAUGAGCAAUCAGUACCAGGAGGAGGGCUGCUCUGAGAGGCCCGAGUGCAAAAGUAAAUCUCCAACUUUGCUCUCCUCCUACUGCAUCGACAGCAUCCUGGGCCGGAGGAGCCCGUGCAAAAUGCGGCUGCUGGGAGCUGCGCAGAGUUUGCCCGCCCCGCUGGCCAGCCGCGCCGACCCGGAGAAGGCCAUGCAAGGCUCCCCCAAGGGCAGUGGCGCUCCGUUCGAGGCCGAGCUGCACCUGCCGCCCAAGCUCCGGCGCCUGUACGGCCCGGGCGGGGGCCGCCUCCUCCAGGGCGCCGCGGCGGCGGCUGCGGCGGCAGCUGCGGCGGCUGCGGCUGCGGCCACGGCCACGGCCACGGCCACGGCCACGGCCACGGCGGGACCGCGGGGGGAGGCCCAGCCACCGCCGCCUCCUGCGCGGCCCGGGGAGCGUCCGGACAGUGCGGGGGUCGCCGUGGCCGCCGCCGCCGCCGCCGCCGCCUGGGACACGCUGAAGAUCAGCCAGGCGCCGCAGGUGAGCAUCAGCCGCAGCAAGUCGUACCGGGAGAACGGGGCGCCCUUCGUGCCGCCUCCGCCAGCGCUCGACGAGCUGGGCGGCCCGGGGGGCGCCGCGCACCCGCACCCGCACCCGGACGAGCGCCCCGGCGGCGCCCCGGCGGCGGGCGGCGGCGCCGAGGACGAGGACGAGGAGCUGCUGGAGGACGAGGAGGACGAAGACGAGGACGAGGAGCUGCUGGAGGACGAGGACGAGGAGCUGCUGGGGGGCGACGCCCGCGCGCUGCUCCCGGAGCCCCGGCGCUGCCCGGUGGCCGCCUCGGGUACGGGGAGCGCCGCCGCCGGGGCCCCCGAGGGCGGGGAGCUGUCGCCCAAGGAGGAGCUGCUGCUGCAGCCCGAGGACGCGGAGGGCAAGGACGGCGAGGACAGCGUGUGCCUGUCGGCCGGCAGCGACUCGGAGGAGGGGCUGCUCAAGCGCAAGCAGCGGCGCUACCGCACCACGUUCACCAGCUACCAGCUGGAGGAGCUGGAGCGCGCCUUCCAGAAGACGCACUACCCCGACGUCUUCACCAGGGAGGAACUGGCCAUGAGGCUGGACUUGACUGAGGCCAGAGUCCAGGUGUGGUUCCAGAACCGUCGGGCGAAGUGGCGCAAGCGGGAGAAGGCGGGCGCUCAGACCCACCCCCCGGGGCUGCCCUUUCCCGGGCCGCUUUCUGCCACCCACCCGCUCAGCCCCUACCUGGACGCCAGCCCCUUCCCUCCGCACCACCCCGCGCUCGACUCUGCCUGGACGGCCGCCGCCGCUGCCGCCGCCGCCGCCUUCCCGAGUCUCCCGCCGCCGCCGGGCUCUGCCAGUCUGCAACCCAGUGGGGCGCCACUGGGCCUGAGCACUUUCCUGGGAGCCGCAGUGUUCAGGCACCCGGCCUUCAUCAGCCCUGCUUUUGGCAGGCUCUUCUCCACCAUGGCCCCGCUGACUAGCGCGUCUACCGCGGCCGCGCUCCUGAGACAGCCCUCGCCGGCCGUGGAGGGCGCGGUGGCGUCGGGCGCGCUGGCAGAUCCGGCCACGGCGGCCGCAGACAGACGCGCCUCCAGCAUCGCGGCGCUCAGGCUCAAGGCCAAGGAGCACGCGGCGCAGCUCACGCAGCUCAACAUCCUGCCGGGCACCAGCACGGGCAAGGAGGUGUGCUAAAGGCGGCCGCCCGCGCCCGCACGGUCACCUCGCUCCGCACACUCAAGACCAAAUGGAAACAGAGGACCAGCACACUCCCAAGACGGCACCGAGAGCUCGGCCCCUGCGCACAGCCUGACGCGGGCGGAGGCCUCUCGGCGCUCCCGGACGUGGCACCUCCUCGGCUGGCUGUCUCCCUCCCCCGCCCCCUCUCCCUAUCCCCCACCCCUGUCACUGCCAACCUCGCUCCAACUCCUACUCCAACGUCCACUCUCUCCAGUUUUUACUUUACUGAAAACAACCGGGAGAUUUGCUCCCCAAGACGCCUGGUAUUGCAGUUCAGAAAUGUAAACCCCCAGACUCCCCCCUCCCGAUACUCCCACUUAGCUUUUUUGUUUUUUAAUAGCAUUUUGGCGCUCGAAGUUGAUCUCCCAGCGUGGGCCCCGGCCUGCAGCCUGGGCCAGGGGAGCGAAUGCAUAUCUGUAAGAUAGCUGACAGUGCACUUAAAGGAAAGCGGCGUCUUGUUCUUGUUCUCUUCU